AUGUUGGCUGCCAGUGAAGGACAUGUGGAAGUGUGUCAACUUCUCCUGGAGAACAGAUGUAACAAAGAUAUCACAGAUGAUAGAGGAUGGACAGCAUUAAUGUGGGCUGCCAGUGGAGGACAUGUGGAAGUGUGUCGACUUCUCCUGGAGAACAGAUGUAAAACAGAUAUCACAGAUAGUGAUGGAUACACAGCUUUACAUCUGGCUGCUGAGUGGGGACAUCUACAGACCACAAGAUAUCUUAACAGAGGAAGAACAGCUUUACAUCUGGCUGCGGAGUAUGGAAAUCUACAGGUAACAAGAUGUCUAGUAGAGCAAGGAGGUAUCAGUCCCUUCGUUAAAACUCAUAAGGGUGAGACUCCAUACGAUCUAGCAGCAUCAAGAGCAAGGGGACAGUAUAAAGAAGUGAUGGAAUACUUACAGACUGUCAUGUCAGAAAAAUCAUUAGGCGUGACUGCUGGAAUAGGGAUAGAAGAUUCCGUCCGAUCUGCCAUGUUGAACAAGUUGCUUGGCAGUGGAAGCUACCAAUCUUUUGACAUGCGCUGUAUGGUAACCGGCCAGUUUUCGGUAGGGAAAUCAAGUUUAGUCAAGCUUUUAGUUGGGGAAAGUGUUCCAGAAGGGCGACAUGCGACCGAUGGGAUUACCCUCAUUGAAGGUCGCUGUGGACUUGAUAUCGACACCAGAAGUUGGAUCAUGAUUGAUCCAGCAACUUAUAAUGCCUUGGAUGUUGUAUACAAUAAGGUGUUAAUGACCUCCAUAGAAGAGGAUGAAAGUAAACAAGCAAAAACACCAGAAAAUCAGGAACCAGAUGCAAAACAUGUUGAUAGUCAAAAUGCAGAAGAUAAUCCUUCUCAGAAGUCACAAGCUACCAAGUCAACAUCUUGGCCUGUGCACGACUCGAGUGAACCCUCUACACAGCCACAAACAGCCCAAUCUUUAUCACCACAAACGCCCUCUAGUGAGUCUAAAAAACAGCAAAUGAAAAAGAAAAUGACAACUAAAAUGACCAAAAAAGAAAUAAGAAAGAGAAUGGAGAAAGUUCUUAAAAGUGGGAAAUAUAAAAUGAAAGUUGGCAGACUCAUCUUCUGGGACUUUGGUGGACAGUAUGUCUAUUAUACAACACACCAGACAUUCAUGACUUACAGAGCUUUGUUUCUAGUAGUUUUUGAUGGUAGUAAGAGAAUAAAUGACGAAGUCCCUGAUGUACUGUGUUUUCCAGGGCAGCACAUGACACCAACCCCUGCAGUCUUUUUACUGCACUGGGUAAACUCAAUUCUGACCUAUUGUAAGGUGGUGUAUGCUGGCAUCCCUAAGAUCUUGUUUGUUGCUACCCAUAAGGACAAGGUACCAGUGGAGGAUGUAGAAACCAGACGUGCUCUGUUGUACAGCGAAGUAGAGGAAUUAUUUAAGGAUCACGAGGGCAGAACUCAUCUUGUUCUUGACAAACAAAUAUUUGUCAAUGCCACUGAUAAAAAUGAUCAAGAAAUUGAAACCCUGAAGAAAGCCAUUACAGAGCUUACUUUCGACCAUCCGUGUUGGGGGGAGAAAAUGCCGAACGCAUGUGUUCCCCUUGAACUCGAGAUUGCUGAAAUGGUAGCUACAGGAAAGCAGAUCCUGCGAUUGGUAGAACUUGAAGAAUUGAAUUCAAUCAGCAAGGUGUCUGUCCUGGAUUUAGAACAACUUCAUGACUUCCUACACUUCCAACAUUCUCUUGGGAAGCUUAUCUACUUUGAUACCCUUCAGCUCCGAGAUCAUGUUAUAAUUAACCCGCUACUCAUGGUGGAGGUUAUGAGAUCUUUUGUGACAGAUAUAGGAUUUUGGCCAAAGAAAAAAGAAUUACAGCAAACUUUCAAAAGAAUGUCAGAAAGUGGGAUAAUACGCCGAGAAGACCUGUAUCAGAUCUGGAAACAGAAGGACUUCCGUGCAGUUUUACCGUACAAAGAGUUUAUAUUCAACAUUCUCAUUCAUUUAGAUAUUCUGGCAGAGCAACGAAGAUAUGACACAGCUACAGGAAGUCGGUUGCCAGUAGAGAACUUCUUUGUUCCCUGUAUGGUCACACAAAGAAAUACCACCAGCUUCAUGAACACAGAAUGUACACCGAAGAAAGCAAUAUGUCUAGCCUUUGUUUUUAAAGGAACUGUUAUACCACCAGCUUUGCCCAAUCGUCUGAUCAGUGCAUGUCUGAGCAUGUGGACUUUGAAGGAGUAUGAAGAGAGAAAACUCCUCUUUUCAGGAUUCAUUGUAGUCUCAUUUGACAAGGCACAUGAUAUUUUAGUAUGUGUUGAAGGCAACAAAAUUCUUCUGUACAUAGUCCAUAAAACCUCCGCUGGACUGAUAGUACCAGAUAUAGCUACUGGAGUUAAGGAAUGUUUGGUUACAACAAUGGAGAGAAUAUCAGACUUCUAUCAGUCCACAAUCGAUGUAAAACGCAGCCAACAAUCACCUUUCCAUAUUGAAUAUUCAUGUUCAAAUCUGAAAUGCCUCAUCAGUGAAGAAGAAGCUUUGCAGACCAACGAAUGGGUUUGUGACGAACAUAAACAAACACACAGAGCAGGACACUUCGCUGUUUGGAAUCAAGAUAAGGAAAAAGAACAAGAACAGUGUAAACAGAACUGUCAAGGUUUACGAGAUGAUGCUUUGAAUCAAAUUCCAAGUGAUGUUGAGCUUCAACGAUUCUCAUCAGGUUGUGACGAAUCCACAAUACAAACAUUGGCCAUACAUCUUGGUAUGACUUUGAAAGAAUGGGAGAAACUCGUAACUGAUUAUCGUUGGAUUGAUAUUGUUAAGUAUAGAAUACUGGUCAACUGGCGGGAAAAAAACUCAGGAAGAUUCUGCAACCUAGCAAAAGCUUUAACAGAUAUGGAUGUAUCGACUCAUACCCUUUGUCAGGUUAAAAGAAUAAGAAAAGGAGAGUAUGAUAUCAGCGAGGAAUACAUGGAUUUGAUUCCAACUGAUGAAAUACUAGAUGAACUGGCACAAGUAAUAGGAGUUGUAUCCUUCCAACUGGGUAUAGAAUUAGAAUUGCCAAUAACAUCAUUAGAUAUUAUACAGUAUAAUAAUGAUCGGAACUUAGUGGCACAAUGUAAAGACAUUUUAUAUGAAUGGAGAGAGCAGGGAGUCAGGCCAACCAUAGGUGUUCUUGUCAAUGCUUUAGUAAAUGUUGGGAGAGGUACUAAGUGUUUGGAGGAGAUCAUCAAAAGUAAAGGAGUGAAGAAAUAUAUUCCACAAGAAAAGGUUGAAGAGGAGAAACAAGGAAAGUUAAAGACAUUAAUGAAAAAAAUGAAUCCUUUUCAGAAGAAGAAAUAGUACUUAAACUAUUCAGUCAAUAUGAUUUAAUAUUGAUGUAUAUCAUACCGUUGCAUGUUUGUGUGUUGUUUCAGGGAACAAUUGUUAUCGUUUUUGGUGGGGUCUUAAUGUAAAUAAUGUUAACAUUCAUCAGCACGAAAUCAAGAAACAAAACAUGGUUAUUAAGCAUGUUAAGAAAGUACAUAGCAAAUUUACAUAACAGUAGUGUAGCAUUAUAAAUUCAGGAUUGCGACGCAGGCUCAUUAGCUCCCCUAGUUCAUACAAAUAUCAAAAAUAAUAAAAGAAACAUAACAUUGUUAACAAGACUGUACAUAGAGAAUUCAUAUAACAAUAGUGUAGCAUGUAAAUCCAGGUGAGCCCAAGUUUCUCCACAGGUUUAUAUGAGUUCAUGUCACCUAUAGAGCUGUUCAUCCACAUGCUUAAUGGAGUUCAUAUUACUUGUGGAACAGUUAGUUCUGACACAGGAAAAAGGGAGUUCAUAUAACUUAUGGAACAGCUAGUUCGUCCAUUAGUUUUUUGGAGUUCAUGUCACAUGUUGAGAAGUUAAAAAGCUAGUUUAUCUUCUAAUUUUAGGGAAUUCAUUUCAUUAGUGGAAUAUCUAGUUCUCCUCGGAUCUUAGGGAGUUUAUGUCACAAGUGAAGCAGUUAGUUUCUCUGCAGGUUUAAUGGAUUUUAUGUCAAAAGCUAAGCCGAUAGUUCCUCCACAGAUUUAGGGAGUUCAUAUCACUAGUGGAGCAGCUGGUUCCUUCACAGGUUUAAUGAAGUUCCUGUUCCUAAUGGAGCAUCUAGUUUCUCUACUGGUUUUAGAGAGUUCCAUACCUGUCAA